UUGUUUGUGUUUGACAUAAAUCUAGACGAUCUAGGGUUAUACAUUCCAAAACAUUGCUUUCGACGAAAAUUUUACUAAAAACCUAUAUAUUUUAAGUUUAAUAUGUAACGCAAAUAUAGCUUUUCAGUAAAAUUUUUCUCCAAAAGCAAUCUCGGAAUGUAUAAGCCUAGAAAAAAGAAAAGGACCAAAUGGCAAAUUUGAUCAGCUGUGUUAUGUGUUGCUACUUUCUCGAACGAAGCGCGGCUCGCUUUGAAUUAGCUGCAUCUCAUUUGCAAUUGAUCACAGCGACACUGCAGAAGAUUUCACGAGAGGAAGCGAGAAAACUGUGUAUGCCUUUCACCGCCUGAGCAAGUCAAUUUUUUCUCUCGCGAGCGCGCGGCCGAGGCGCAACGGAGAUCCUUCCCUGGCGUUCCUCGGCGUCGACGAUUUAACACGGGGGUCACUUUCUCGUAAGCCACUCCAGUCGCGCGAGCCGUGAAGGAAGUGCAGUGUGCGCGAGAGAGAAAGAGUGAGAGAAGAAAGAGAAAGGCGAGAUAAAUAGGAGAAAUAGGCGGUGUAUGUGUAUACGACGCGGAUUCCUGCAAAAUAAUUUCGCCCGCAAACUUCACGCUGUCGCGCGGCUCGCGCGGUACGCAGCGGUACGUGCUGAUAGCCCGACAUUGGUAUCAGACAUCAGUAUGAGCAAGACAACGGGUAAGGACAAAGACGAGGCCCACAUGACAACGCCUGAACUGAUCGAAACUCAUGGUUACGCAGCUGAGACCCAUCAGAUUUGCACGGAAGACGGUUAUUAUUUAACCGUACAUCGUGUGCUUUCUAACGAUCGAGUGCCAUCAGUGUCAUUAAACGUUGACGCCAUCAUAAAGACCAAUACGGCUGGUAUUGCCAAUGAAAAUGAAGACCGUAAUUUAUCGGUUUCUACUGAUUGUCAUCGAGUCUUAGAAACCCACGGAUGUCACAUCAGUCCAAGCUCUAAAUUACCAGUUAUUAUAAAUCACGGACUCGUAUCCAGUUCUGCGGAUUGGGUGCUCCUGGGACCAGACAAGGCCCUCGCAUAUGUUCUUUGCGACAAUGGAUUCGACGUUUGGCUUACAAACACUCGUGGAAACACCUAUUCCAAAUCUCAUAAAUAUUACUCGAUCAAAGAUAAAGAGUUUUGGAAUUUCAGUUUUCACGAGAUUGGAUAUUAUGAUUUACCAGCGGCGAUAGAUUAUAUCUUAGAAAAAACUGGUCAUUCCAAAUUGUAUUACGUUGGUCACAGUCAAGGCGCAGCCGCGUUUUAUGUUAUGGCGAGUGAAAGACCUGAAUAUAACGCUAAGGUCAAAGGAAUGAUAAGUUUAGCACCUGCAGUAUUUUUGGGGAAUCAAAGAAGUCCACUUUUGAAGCUUGUCGUACAUUUCUACAGUGUACUAGAUUGGGGAUCUUACAUUUGCAACACACACGAAUGGUUAUCUCGCAAUAAAUGGCAAAGUCGUGUAUUGAGGACCUUCGUAUACAACGCUCCUGGCACGCUGACAAAAGGUUUCUGUAAUUGCUGGUUUCAUCUCAUCGCCGGAUUCGGUAGCGACCAACUCGAUAAAUCAAUGCUGCCUUUAAUAUUCGGACACUCCCCAGCAGGCGCUUCAGUCAAACAACUUAUUCAUUUUAGCCAGUUGAUCCUCUCCGGAUCUUUUCGGAAAUAUGAUUAUGGCACUAAAGCAAAUUUAAUUCUCUACGGAUCUACACAACCACCUAAAUAUACUCUUGAAAGAGUAAAGGUACCUGUGGCGAUUUUUUACAGUGAAAAUGACUUUAUUACUCAUCGUACUGAUGUUCAAAAACUAGCGGAUAACUUACCAAAUGUUAUACAAACCGAAAAAAUAGCAUACGAAAAAUUCAAUCAUAUCGACUAUCUCUGGGGACGUGACGCAAGGACAAUCUUGUAUAACAGUAUCGUGACUGUAUUAAAGAAAUUUUAAUAUAUCGUGAUAUUUUAGCAAAAAAAAUUAUUUAAUAUCAAUUUUGUAUUUGCACGUAACAACUCAGGGAUAUCGUUUGUUAUUAAGUCCUAUAUAUAUAUGUGUGAAUACAAAAAUUAUUACAUCAUAUAUGUAGAAAAACUAUGACUAUUUGCAAAAAUAGAGAUAUUUUGUGUCUAAUA